UCACUCUUUCAUCCAAGGUCUACUGAAUGCCAUCCCUGUGCUUGCCACUGACUGUACUUAGUAGGAGUUAACCCAGGUCCCUGCCAUUGCCAAACCGAGAUCCGGAAAGAAAAACUCCCCAGUAACCGAGCGAAGAUGGAAGAGCUGAGCCAAGCCCUGGCUAGUAGCUUUUCUGUGUCUCAAGAUCUGAACAGCACAGCUGCCCCACACCCCCGCCUGUCCCAGUACAAAUCCAAGUACAGUUCCUUAGAGCAAAGUGAGCGGCGCCGCCGGUUACUGGAACUGCAGAAAUGCAAGCGGCUAGAUUAUGUGAACCAUGCCAGAAGACUGGCUGAAGAUGACUGGACAGGGAUAGAGAGUGAAGAAGAAGAUAAGAAAGAUGAUGAAGAAAUGGACAUUGACAGUGGCAAGAAGUUACCAAAACGCUAUGCUAAUCAAUUGAUGCUCUCAGAGUGGUUAAUUGAUGUUCCUUCAGAUUUGGGGCAGGAAUGGAUUGUGGUCGUGUGUCCUGUUGGAAAAAGAGCCCUUAUUGUGGCAUCCAGGGGCUCUACCAGUGCCUACACCAAGAGUGGCUACUGUGUCAACAGGUUUUCCUCUCUUCUGCCAGGAGGCAACAGGCAAAACUCAACAACAGCAAAAGACUACACCAUUCUAGAUUGCAUUUACAGUGAGGUGAACCAGACCUACUAUGUUCUAGAUGUGAUGUGCUGGCGGGGACACCCUUUUUAUGACUGCCAGUUUAAAUUUGUGGGGCUAAAGAAUUUCCCUUGUACCCCUGAAAGCCUGUGUAAGGUGCUUUCUAUGGAUUUCCCUUUUGAGGUAGAUGGACUUCUCUUCUACCACAAGCAGACCCACUAUAGCCCUGGAAGCACUCCAUUGGUUGGCUGGCUGCGCCCCUACAUGGUGUCUGAUGUCCUUGGUGUAGCUGUGCCUGCUGGCCCACUAACCACCAAGCCAGAAUAUGCUGGGCACCAACUCCAACAGAUUAUUGAGCACAAGAGGAGCCAGAAGGAGGGCAUGAAGGAGAAACUCACACACAAGACUUCUGAGAAUGGGCACUAUGAGUUGGAGCACCUGUCUACCCCCAAGCUGAAGAGCCCUCAUAAUCCGGACCAUGCUGAGAGCCUCAUGGAGAAUUGAAAGAGGGAAGCCCCCUUAAGGAGUCACGGAUGGUACUUGGCCCAGAAGGAAGACUAAGGAGGAGGAUGGUGACAAGAGAUGACUUCAUUUUAGAGUGGACUUUUCAAAGCCACUCCAGCUGGAAAUAGCUUAUCAUCAAUCUGAAAUGCUGGCUCUAAGUGGGGGAGGCAUUCCCAGAUUGGGUGGCAUUCAGAUUGAUUUGAGCAGCUCCUACCUUGAUAAGUGUAUCCCAGAUCUACAAUGUAAAUAUAUGUAAUUCUUAAGAA